CAUUUUUAUUUUUCAUCUAUCGCCAUUUCACUUAAAUUAUAACGAAUGCAUUUAAGCCGGGUACGCGAAGUAUGAAAUGACGUCAGCGGAAGUCAACAUUGUCGCCGGCUGCUGACCCGAACGAUGUUUGUGAUCGUGCCUUCUUUGGGUCGAAUUUGAGCAAUCCGAACUGGUCUUUUUUGACUUUACAUGGGAAAAACAAGGACCGGGGAAUUAGACAACUACUUUAUCAAGGCUACUAGAUGCUGCAUUAGCUGCGGCUUGCAGUUAGCUGUCUGGUUAGCCGCCCGCCGCUUCGUUCUGCGGCCAGUAGGUUUGUGUCUGUUUGUUGGACCUUUGUUCUCGUCUAAUGUGUUGAAUUAACAGCUGACACUUGACUCCUGCGUAACAUGUUGCAUCCAGAAGUGCGCGGCGUGACGAUAGAUGUGUGCUCUAACUGCUACUUCCGACCGAACACCUUUAGGAAGUUGACUGUUCAUGUUGACUCCAUGUUGCAAUUGACCUUAAUAUAACCAAUGAAUAAGGUUUGCGUUGUCCUCAUUAUGAAGUAACAUGUUUUCAAUGGUCUCUUUAAACUGCGUAGAUCUCCGUGACACUUCUGUAUCGUGUAGUUAAGCCAUUCUACUUCAUGCACAACAUCAUUGCAGUCUACCACAUAUUUAGCUCUAGAUCAUUCCCUCUUCCAAGUGGUACUAUGAAGAGUCUUCACUGUUUCAUUCAACAUUUCUUGCCUGUGACUCUACAUUGUAAUCGAAUAUGUCCGCAUUUAAUUUACAUGAAUUAAGAUUGAGUGAUUUUUUUUUAUGGCGUCUCUGGACUCAACGUUUGGGAUCAUUUAUCUGUUGGUGUCAGGUUUUUUCCUUGUCAGCCUUGUGCUUUCUUUGCAACGUGAAAUAUCAAAACAUAUCAAUGUCAACCAACCUUGUACCAGUCAGUGUCUUCUGUUGUUGAUGUCUCAUGGCCUCUACAUACCUCUCCAACAAAUCUCUCUGUUAGAAUGACGUCGCACUUCAAGAUACCCAAGAAAAAACAAAGUUCCGACUGCGAAUCCCCCCGAAUGCACAUUCAAUCUCCGCUAUCCCGACUGCAGAUCCCUGCUCCCGAAUAUGAGCGCUACGGAGGCCAAUCAUCUUGUAUAAGCUCUGAUAGGGUAAAUGCUAAAGAGAGCAGGGUUCCAGCAUUUCGUGAUGUUGUUAAGACACUGCUGGGUCUCAACACGAGUGGCAAACCUAGGGAAGUGGAAAACAGGACUAUCCACUCGCAGCCAGCCUUGGGAUGGCGGCCUAAGAGAGCUUCAGACAGGUUCCUUCCCGAUGAGUCUCUGCCUCCUCAGAAAAAGUUGAAUGCAGCAGCCCACCCUGCACAGGGCUCCAUUGCUGAGCGGCAGCUCCGCCUAUCCAGAGAAGAGCAAGAUGGAAGUUCAUCUUCUGCCGAGGAAGAAUCUCUGGGAAGAAUACGGACAAAGGACGUGCAGCAGUGCAACUCAUCUACCUCGGAUGAGGACCUUGUGGUGCCAGGCACAUCAGCUCCUGACCUGCCCUCCCGAAAAGUCCACACUCCUUCUCGGUCUUCAACAGCCUCCAUGAGGCGGGGUCUAAACCAAACCUCAUGGUUGCGCGGCAUAACGGAGCGUGAAAAAUGGAGGGCCAUCAGGAACAAGACCAUCAGCCGGCCUCCGGUGCUUGUCCCCCAAGCACACAAACAUGGCCAAUCUGAACCCAUUGUGCUAUCGAGUGAUGAGGAAGAGGAUGAACCACACCUACAGAAAUCUGCUGCCAUAAACGUCCAGGCCAUGGACCCAUCCUCCUUUCUCAAACUGGAGUUUUGUUCUCUCCAUGCUGGAAUGAUGACAGCCACCGCUGACGGGAGCAUGAUGAUCACAGAGUCUGGAAUUACGCUGCCACUCAAAGAAUCGGAGGAUUGUGAAAACAGAGAGUCGACUCAUGUCACAGUGGUGGCAUCUCAGCUGCGAGGCUAUGGUGUGUGGGAUGGGGGUGUGGCUAAAGGGGGGACUUUGCUGGCUGGAUGGGAAGGACCUGCCCCCUCACUGCUCUUCCUGUGGGUGACGGAGGCUCAGGCGUACAUGUUGCAUCGAGAGCUGACCCCUCUGCAGACCACAACCCCCUCAGAUGUGGCCUGCGGCUGUCUUAUCCUACUGAUGAAGGAGCAGUUACAGGAGGUGCAGGUGGCUCUGCUGGCCUCCAUCCUGGAGCUUGAGGAGUAUAAAAAGGGACGCUCCGCAAAUGAGGGCCAUCCUCCCUCUCCGCUGGAUUGGUCUGACGGUCUGCUGCUCCUGUACUCUUGCCCCGCCCCCGUGGACCAGCACCUUCUCAGCCUGCUGGGUCAUUCAGAUGAGCCGCACAUCAGAAUCAUAAAUUCCAGUCAGAAGUUUUCGUCCAGGUUGCUGCAGUACCCGCCUCCCCCAUCCAAGGGACGGAUCUCUGUUUCCCAGGACGACCUGUUUUGUCUACAGGACGGAGAGUUUCUCAAUGAUGUCAUCGUUGACUUCUACCUUAAAUACCUUUUUCUUGAGGGGGUGGGAAGAGCCGUGGCGGAGCGAAGUCAUAUAUUCUGCAGUUUCUUUUAUAAACAGUUGAGCCGCAAGCGAGCAGCAGGAGAAGACUGUGCCUCUAUCCCGGAUGCACAUACACGACACCAGAGAGUAAAGACCUGGACUCGCCAUGUUGACAUCUUCACCAAAGACUUUCUGUUUGUUCCUGUCAAUCAUGAGUCUCAUUGGUUCCUUGUGGUGGUGUGUUUCCCUGCUCUGGAGGACAGUGUCACGGUGCAGUUGGAGUGUGCUUCAGGUGAAUGGAAGCCAGCUCUCACUGGGCCUCCUCCUCCGGAUUGUUCGAGUCUUGGCUGCAGAAAAAGGGUUGUCGUCAGGAGGCCAUGUCUCCUCAUCAUGGACUCGCUGAAGACAUCAAUGCACAACAACAUCUGCAGACUUCUCAGAGAGUACCUCCAGGAGGAGUGGCUCGUGCGGCGGGGAAAUCGCCGGGUGUUUUCGAACAUGACCAGUAGCCACUGCAGAGUUCCUCAGCAGGACAACAGCAGCGACUGUGGAGUCUUCCUGUUGCACUACGUGGAAAUGUUUCUGAAGAACCCCAUCGUUCACUUCGAGCUGCCCCCUCACCUAGACCAUUGGUUUCCACGACAACAAGUGCGGGUGAAGCGUGAGCAGAUUCGUCAACUAAUAAUGAGGCUACACAAAACUCAGCAGGGACUGCAGGAAUGACUGUGCUGCGUCUGUCACACCAUAGUGAUACUUAUUGUAAACGCUUUUAGUGAAAUAAAAAAAACAUCUUUUUUACCUGUAAGGUUUGCAUUUUGU